GAUUAGAUUUUAGUUCCCAGACUAGCAAACCCUGAACUUCACGGUUGUACUUAACCCCUCCCCCCAAGACUAAAAAAUGACCCAAAAAAAAAUGGCGGAACCACACGAAGCAACGAUUAAGGCGCGUCGCUGCGCCGGCAGUGACCGUCGGUGUGGGCGCGCGCUUGCGGCCCUUAUUAUCGGAUGGAUCCGCCACCCGCGCACUUUUUCCGGGGCUUUUUUUUAUUUCCAGGUUGUACGCGGUUCAAUUGUCCCGAGCGCGCGCGACGAGUGGCCCCCGGUACACCGACGCUGCGGUCGGAUUUGUGAAGAUUACAGUCAAUAAAGUGCUGCCUCCUAAUCCCUGUGUGAACGGGACGCGCGCUGCACCGGCGGAAUCUCGAUUUUUCCGCUGAAAGCCGGGCGGGGAGUACAGGGAGACUCUUCCUCUUGACUCCACAAACACACACACGCGCACACAUGCAUAUUAUGGUCAACAGGGUGUAGUCUCACUCGGGCUGAAUGUCAAACGCGUGGUCAGACUCUCAUGACCAGUUCGGCAGUCCGAGCAGGGAUGGCAGAGGUCCCCGUGUCGUGUGAUUGUUUCGUGUCCUUGCCGCCUGGCUCCCGCGAUGACCACGUUAUUUUCGGCAAGAACGCAGACCGUCCCCGGGACGAGGUGCAAGAAGUGGCCCACUGCCCCGGAGCGUCUCACCCUGCAGGCGCCACGCUGGAGUGCACAUACAUCCAGAUCCCUCAGGUGGAGCGGACCCGCGCCGUCGUCCUCAGCAAACCUGCCUGGAUGUGGGGCGCUGAAAUGGGAGCUAAUGACCAGGGGGUCUGCAUUGGCAAUGAGGCGAUCUGGACCAGGGAGCCUGUCUGCCCCGGAGAUGCUCUGCUUGGCAUGGACCUUGUCAGGCUGGGGUUGGAGCGUGGCGACAGUGCCUGGUCGGCACUGACAGUGAUCACUAGUCUCCUGGAGCAGCAUGGCCAGGGGGGGCAGUGCAAGGAGGACCCCGUGGCCUUCAGCUACCACAACACCUUCCUCCUGGUGGACCGCAACGAGGCCUGGGUCCUGGAAACCGCUGGACGUCUGUGGGUGGCCCAAAAAGUGACAGAGGGAGUGAAGAACAUCUCCAACCAGCUGACCAUCGGGGCGGAGGUCACCGCAGAGCACCCAGAGCUGCGGCGUGCGGCCCAGGCUCAGGGCUGGUGGGACGGCGAGAGUGAGUUCAACUUCUCACGGGUGUUCAGUCCCGAGAACCCGCCUGCCAGGAUGGAGCUGGCAAAACAGCGCUACAAGGGAGGCACAGAGCUACUCAAGCAACACGACGGCUCAGUGACGGCAGCUGUGAUGAUGUCUAUUCUGAGGGACAAGCCCAGCGGUAUCUGCAUGGAUUCUGGAGGAUUCUGCACCACAGGCAGCAUGGUAUCUGUGCUGCCCAGAGACCCCAGUCUGCCCUGCAUCCACUUCUUCACCGCCACCCCAGACCCCUCCCGGUCUAUAUUCAAGCCUUUUAUCUUCUCGGACUUUUCUACCCCGGUGCUGAGGGUGGUCUCCCCACAGUUUGGCCCAGACGACCCCGUCAGGAAGCAGCCUCGCUUUCAGAGCAAGGUGGACCGAAGACAUGACCUGUACAAGGCCCACCAGGAGGCGGUCAGCACCAUGGAGAACAACCCGGACGAGGGUUCAUCUGUCUUUGGGAUCCUGAGGGAACUGGAGUCGCAGUGUCUGAGCGAGAUCUCAGCCAUGCUGAGUGGAGAGAUACCAGGAGAAGAACUGGGGGACUUGUUUUUUGAUACCGUGGACACAGAAAUAAAGUUCUACCAGUGAGGGGGUGGGAGGCUUAGGGAGCCGUUUGGGGUUGUGGGUUGUUCAUGAAUGUGUUCCUGCUGUUGAGGGAAAACUUUCGACUGCCACUUGGGAGCAGAGAAGCUCCAACCCUGAAGACACAAUAACUGUAAUAUAGUGAUAAAUACCCAUCGAUAGAUAGAAUCACUUUCAGUAACACUAUGGAUUAAGGAACACAUUGGGUUAGGUUAUAAACCAGUAAAUAAUUGUAGGAAGAGUUGAGUCAAUCAUUUCUAUGUGUUGUGUUAACUAAUGUAGGGUCGUGCAUAACUUAAGAAAACACAUUAUAACAUCUGUGUCAAACACAAUUGGAUGAUGAUUUUUUAGAUUACGGAAGUCUGCCUUUGUAUGUGGAAAAAGAACAGACUUUGCUGAUACACUGUAUUUAAAAAUAUUAUUUCCCCCUAACUGAAUAUGAGACAAUUCAAAUUAAUCUCAAUGAACUUGACUGCUGAAACCUGUCCAGCAUGCUGCGGCAUUGUAACAGUGAUCGUGCUGGUUUUUCUUCAUCAAUACUUUGACAAUUUUCGUAGUGUAAAGCACCUAAAACCAACAUAAGAGAGAAACAACCUUUUGUGACUGUGUUCCCAGCAUAUCUCAUUAGGUGCUUAACCUGUGUGCUGUGUUUAACGUUUUUCUAUGGCGCCCUCAGGUGGAUAUCUCUUAAGCUGGUUGAGUUUCAGGAGAAGGCCCCGGCUCUGUUAGAGGCUGUGUUUGUCCUCUGAUUGGGCUCUGCCUCACUGAAUUAACACACGUCUAUCAUUAACACACACUAAGUCUCUAAACCGCACUGAUUGGAGCGAAUGUAUCGUCUCUAUCACCCGGGGAGCAAUGAGUGCACUUUUAUUAGUGAGUAUAAUGAUGUAGACUACACAAGCGCCUAUGUAGAGCUAUGUGAAGUUGCACAAAUGGAGUGAGGAAUUUGUUUAACAAUUAGUUUGUUGUUGCAAUUGAAUGGGGGGUAAUUUGUGGCUCCCUGUAGGGAAUGAUCCAAUAAAGAAUGUGCAUAGUCUGUUCUGUGAGGGCUGUGAGCUUCCUAACCACUGUAUUUGUGCAGCUGUUUGCAUCAUUAAUGAUUGGUACUACUGCUAUUUAUUUUCAUCAUCACUGCACCUUACUUACUAAAAGUGGAGUAUGGAUUAUUUUGUGGAUUUAUGUCACUAUUCACUGAUUAUUCACUCUUACUUUCAUUUGUUGAAUUGUUUAUAACUACAACUUGGUGACUUCCUAUUGUGACGUUUCAAAGUGACUUCUUAGUACAUACCGAUAAACCGUUACACACUUAUAAAUUACUAUAUAACAUUGUGCAGCUGUUUAAAUUGUGGAAAUGAACCCCCUUCUUGAACCACAAGCGGUGAAAAUCCCCAAAGAAAAAAACCCAGCAGUAUUUGACCCUAAUUUGCGUUUUUUAAAUUUAACUUACAUGUGACUUUAUUGGUGGAUUUCCUCUCUAGAUCGUUUCCCAGUGUCCGCUGUUUGACAUUCCAACCCACUAAAAUAAUAAAGGGCCGGCUGUUCACACUCCAUCCAGCAGGGGGGUGUCAUCGCAUUCCGUGUUGCUGUGUUUGGGGGGCACUCCGACGGCUUGGUGGUGAGCGAGGUGCACCAACUUCGCCACAAAUAUUAGCCAAACGCUAAACAAUUCGUUGUUGUAAGAACUUUUGAAUUUAGGCCAGGCUGGUUUAAUUAUUUUCGGCUGUUUAUCCUCUUAAAGAAAGUGGAGUCGUCCGGCGGAGAAGGCUUUGACAUCCACUUUGCUGCAGGAGCGCUUGUGAGAUUAUGCAAUCGAGGCGGUCUGAGCACAGUCACAGGCGGCAAUACCGCGACAGAAGUCCAAGGCUAAAGGACGACUAUGAUCAUAGAUGGGAAGAAAGGCGUGAACCUCCGAGAGAUCCACCGCAGGAUUCAUAUCAGAAAUAUGGUGGAAAUGGCUGUAGUAGCAAAGAGCGGACAAGCAGAAGUAGACAAUACAGUGACUCGCCUAAGAUGCUGUACAGCGAAGACUCUUUGAACAGAGACUUGAGCAGAAAGACCUCAGCGAGGAGACGUAUGUCUUCCCCUGAUUGGGGUUCUUUUGAAAAGAAAAGUCAAAGAAAUGCAGAGGAUGGUAACAGGUACAGGCUCGAGCCUGAGAACGAUACAACCAGGCGGUCACCCAACAGUUUUUCACGGGCGCACGUGACAAAGGAUUUUAAACAAAUGCUAACACAAGAAGAGGAUUUCCAACACAGGAAAACACCUCAAGACUCCAGGCACAAAUAUGUGCAUGAUGAGUUCACGUAUAGGCAACAACAGGAUAACUGCAGACAAUCGUCUGGAUAUUACAAAGAUAGAGUGGGUCACCAAAGGAGCCGAGAUCGUUCACAAGAGAGGAAGUCACGUGAUCGCUCCAAGAAGUGUUAUGUCAAACCCAGAGUGCGGAAUGACAGCCCCUCCCUGGAUCAUGAGGAGUAUCGUCAAAAUAUAGGACGAUUUCCAUUGAGUGCAUCUUCUGGACAGUCGUUUGAGAGUGAUGUCACCAACCAAAGUGCUGUUGUACCAGAGCAGGAGUCAACCGUGGGUUUCCAGCGUUUCCUUAAUGUGCUCAACAAGGGUGUAAAUGUUGCCACACUCACCAAAAUAGUGACUCAGUCCUCAACAGAAGUGAGUGAUCGGUCAAGUCCUCCUUCUUUCGUGAACACUGAUUUUACCUGGUCUCCCAGUUAUGCUGAAGGGCAACAUGGAAGCCACCAAAAUACCGGCCAUUGGAGUGACAGCGAAGGAUUUCAGAGACUGGCUUCUUCACAGCCUCGUGAGCGGUCAUUUAGCCCAAGGAGGCAGUCUCUGUCUGACGAAAAGUCUGUGCAAAGGGGCAACGAAGAACCAAGUAACUUAAGCUCCAACAGUAGAUCCAAGUGCCCCUCAGGAGAACAAAAUAUAACACUGUCUCCUGAAGAGGAGCACAAGCAGAGGCAAAUGCAGAGUGUUUUGCAAGCCAUUGGCAUGAAUUUGGGAUCUGAGGAGCUGGGCCAGAUGUCUCAUCGGAUCCAAGAGCGGUUAUAUGGAAAGAAGGAUAGAGACUGCAAUCGUAGAGAAAGCAGGGAAAUGGAUACCAGGCGAGCGUUUUCACCAAGACCUGACAGUCGAUCAUCAUCCUCAUCAAGCAGAUCUAGUUAUAGUCCGUUAAAUCAGAAGUAUUACAAGAAAAAAGACUCUUACAGCGUUCAGAGUGAUGUAACCGAGGUACACCAAGACCCGGUGCAUGAGGGUGUUGAAUAUGGCCGGAAGAGCACAAGUAGCACUUUACAGCAGAGUGACAAAUGUGAGACUUGGUCUGAGGAAAGCACUGCUGCACCUCAAGCAUUUUCUCAAAAUUUAGCAUACACUUUCUUAAAGCCAUCUCCUACACCUGCAAUGCCGGUGUACUCGCCAGUAGACUGCUUAUCGGCUUCAUACCCACCCUUUCCUCCUAACUUGCCCCACCUUGGAACCGGGCUUCAUAUGCCUCCCUUCUUCCCAUUCCCCCAUGCACCACCUGUGAGUAUCUUUCCAGCAGUACUGGCUCAAGCAAGACACUUACUCCCACAGCGCGUUGGCAAUCCACCCUUUUUUAACUUGUCAGGUAAUAACCCCAAUCCACCACUGAACAACACACAGAAAUCAAAACCAUUGUCAAGGCCUCGCUUUUUGCAAGUCAUUGAAACCAAACAACCUGGAUGAAGAUGGGUGCACAGGGGGCGGAAAUCUGACAAUUGUAAUGCAAAUGGUCUUUUCCCACUGGAGAUUUGUAAAAGGUCUUCAUAAAAUAAACUGCAGGGCCUUCACAGAGUUCACACGUCCAUUGACAAAAUCCCACUGACACGGAAAUGAACCGGUUUAUUGGCAAACCUGGUUUGUGGGUCUUUGAGUCCAUUGUCCUUAUAACCGCAACACAAUGUUACAUUGAAGAAAAACACAGUGUAUAAAGUAUUUAUUGAUCUCUGAACAUCUUUAUUUGAUUGAUUUUGUUAUUCAUGAUUUGAUCAAUUAUCACUUUUGUUGAAAUAUUGUAAUCAAAUAGCACCAUAGUCUGGUCCCUGUAGGGUUUUGGACAUUAAAUUUAAUAAAAAAUGUGCUAUAAUCAUA